AUGUUCCUAAUGUCGCGACUAAAUACCCGACAUGAACCUUUUUCUGACGAGAAUGUUGAAUAUGUGUCUACUAUUUUUUUUCAAUUAACGUGUACACAUAGGAAAUCAUACUUAAUCAUGUUGUCCUUCAUCUAUAUAUCAUUUGCAUUCUUCUUGCUGGCCAUUGCCCAUGCAUCGACAGUAUCAAGUAAAGACUUUGCUUUGGUCAUGUAUGAUCCAACAUUGAUUCCAUUAAAUGAUUCAUCUGCGUCACUAUCUCCUGAAGUUAAACAACUUUUGACAUUUUUAAAUACCCAUUACGAUACAACACUUAGCCAAUAUAGCGACGAUGAAGUACUGUUGUUUUAUGAUGAUUUCCCAAGAUUUGAUCAUUUGGUUUUACUCCCAUCACUGAAGAAGGCAAUUGGUGCUAAAUCUGGUUUAAAUCAACAUCAAUUGUUGAAAUUUAUUAACGAAGGAGGUAACAUUUUCGCCGUUGGGGGGUCUGAAGCUUCAUUGCCUGAAGGGAUAAGAAUCUUUUUGAAUGAAGUCGGAAUUUAUCCUGCUCCAAAAGGAUAUAAAUAUAUCGAUCAUUUCAACUCCAAAAAUGGUGUCGUUGAAUUAAAGGGUGACAACUUGAUUAGCAAUAAUAGAAUAGUGGAGAAUUUAAACACGAUUGAGUACACUAACGGUAAUGCUGCAUUGAUCUCGAAUAAUGAAUUGAUUCAACCUAUUAUUAAAGCUACAAAGACAGGCUAUACUAACAAAGUUGGUCAAGUAAUGAGUGAUGAAUCCACUUGGACUUUUGCUGAGCAAGGGUACCUAGCUGUUGGUUUUCAAGCAUUGAAUAAUGCCAGAUUAGUCUGGGUAGGCUCGAUUGAUUUAUUAGCUGAUGAUUCUUUAUACAAAUGGUGCUUUCAAGACACUGGUGUAAUUAAAUUACAGUUUGUUCAACAUAUCAAAGCUAAUGAGCCGGAAAACUUGAAUCCACAUUUGUACAGGAUCAAAGACCAAGCUAUUUACACAAUUGGUGUAUCGGAAUAUAAAGAUGGUAAGUGGAUUCCCUUUCAGGUCAAAAACGAAGAUGAACAAUUACAAUUAUCAUUCAAAAUGUUGGACCCUUAUCAAAGAUUAAACUUGAGUCCAUUGGGUCCAGUCAGUUCUACUGAAAACAGUAGUGAACUAGAUGCCUAUGCAUACUUUGUCAAUUUUACCGUGCCUGAUCAUCACGGUAUGUUCACUUUUGAGUUGGACUAUAAACGUAAUGGAUUGAGCUACAUCUUAGAUAAAAAGGUUGUGACAGUUAGGCAUUUAGCCAAUGAUGAAUUCAAGAGAUCAUGGGAUAUUUCCAACUCGUGGUUAUACAUUGCAAGCACCGUAUUGGUUAUCUUUGCUUGGUUCUCCUUUGUUGUUUCAUAUUUGUACAUUGGCAAACCUAACUAUGUAAAAAAGAACAUCUAG